AUGUCAACUGUGCCGCUGAGCCGCCAUGUUGUCUCGCGGUGUGUUGUGCCCCAUCAUCGUGGCGGUACUUUACUGCGGAGUUUACAUUCCACUGCCUUGUGUGGAACUGUAAUGAGUACUAAUACCGCAGUUUCUACAUCCUCCGUUCGUAUGAGUAUGAUGAGUAGAUGUAUGUAUCAGGGAAGACGCUUCUUGGUGGUUCCGCACACAGCAGCACAUCCUCAGUCUUUGGAGAAUAGUGACAACACCCAUCACACUCAACGUGUUGGGAGGAAUAAUAACGGUAGUAUUGGUAGUAGUGUUAGUAAGAAUAUUAUUAAUAAUACUACUACUACUACUACUAAUACUACUACUAAUAAUAAUAUUAGUAAUAUUAGUACUAGUAAUAAUAGUAAGAAGAACAUCGACAGUAACGACAACAGUGAAAGUAAUAAGAAUAGCAGUAGCAGCAGCAUCAAGAACAAUACUGACAUUUCAAAGAAACUGUCCACUAUGGGAUUUUCACAGUGUAAAAGAAAAUUUACGUGGAAAGACUCGGAAACGAAACCUGGUGUUGUACGUCUUGUCUCUUCUCAAGAGAUGAGUUUUUUACUUCGUCUUCGUUUCUUUGGAAUGCCACAGGGAUAUCCGAAUACUUGUGCAGUGGGAUUUCGUCGUUACUUUCUUCUUUCAAUGUGUAGUAGUUCCAUGUCAAGUUUUUCCUCCUCUAUUGGUUAUCAGUCAAUUUUGAACGGUUUCUUUCUUGGGUCAUCACCGCAGCUAUGGAUGAUGAAGGAUCUUUUACCAGCGCUUGCUGCUGCAUAUAUGGCCAAUCGUAUUAUAUCAUAUGAGAAUCGACCCAAAUUUUGGUUUCUUAUGAGUGUAGUAAUGCACAAUCUUUCUGUACUUGCUGAGAUGGUUAUUCCAUCUUUAGUUCCACAUCAUCUUCUUAUUACUGCAGUCGUUACAUCAUGUAUGCGACAAUCAGCAUCUCUUAUGUUUUUAGUUACUCGUGCCUGUGCGUUACAACACUUCGCUGUAAGUAAUAAUUUAGCAGAACUUACAAAGAAGUUUAAUUCUUUCGGAAUGGUGAUUUAUACCAUAUUUACUGCCCUUGGUAUUGCAUACACCUCCGUUGUGACGUCUCUAUCUGCACAACUUCUCACAGUUUUAUUCUGUUGCGGUUUAAAUUUAGUAAUUUCAUACAUGUCUAUGAGUAAUAUUGCAUUUCGGGUUCUCAACAUCACUACUCUCUCUGUAGUAUUGCGUGAGUAUGUGGGAAAAUGCGGAAAACACAGCCGGCGAAUUCCCACACCAGAGGAGGUCAGUCGUCUUAUUGGUGUUUCCAUGGUUGAUAGAGGUGCGGUAACCACCUGUAAUGAUCGUACAUGUCUAUUGUAUGUUAGUCCACCGGUGUGUAAACUCCGUAUUCGUGCCGAUCGGCUUAACGAGGAUGUGGUGUAUGUGUGUAAAUCAGAAAUGUUUUUAUUAGCGCUUUGGGAGCCGCUCGGGCCGCUCUCACUGCGGGAGAGUUGGUUGCGUUGGGAGGCUCCGCACAUGUGGCGGCGGCUCUUCGCACGGUCCUCAGCAGCGAGAAGAGAAGCACGCAUUCGUGAGAAGUUUCGUAAACGGCUGGUGUUGCUGGUCCAUCAAGACUGUGAUCAGCUGCAUCUGCUGACAGCGUACCUUCUCGCCUACACAGCACUAUUGUAUCAUUCAAAUACAGUGUCGGAGCUUUGUAGUUUUCUCCGCAGUUGUCAUAAUGAACAGGCGUUGUGGUUACAUUACGCGAGAGAGUUGAGAGACUCGCUUCAUCACGUGGGUUGGGAUGUGGAGCAACUCUCAUUAGAUCCGCCAGACUUUCGCCUGUCAAACCUUCACUUUGCAAGGGGUUUGCCGUUUGCAGCAGCAAAGGAUCAAGGUUUAAAGUGA